UGUGCCGCGAGCCUGGGAUUGUUGGGAGGCCUGAGAGUCGUCUGUGCAGGAGUGAGCUGGGCGCCAGCCGAGAGUCCGGCAGCCCCAGGAAGGGCAAGCCGAGUGCGUCCCAACCGAAAGCCAGGUGGAUAUGGUCAGUGCUGAGGGAAUAGCACAUGGCAAGCCAGCCUGGCAACAGUCAAGAGCCAGGGGGACACCUGGGCAAGCGGCUGAGUAAGAUGUUCAAGAAGGAUCCUGGCAGAACUUUCACAUGCAGUACUGCAUUCGGCCGCAAGCACACCAACACGGGGCUGCAAGGCCCAGCAAUUUGGACACAAGCCAAGAAGUCAAGAACUGUUGAAGUUGCAGUCUCCACUCUCCUACUGACACCAGCGACCACCCAGCCCACUCAAACCACAUGGCCUCUUGGUUUCCUGAUGUAUGAGGCCUCGGCACCUCUAGCUGGUGGAAGGAGGAAGCCCGGAGAGUGGCAGCACCCUGCCCACUGUUUGUUUCACACACCACAGCCCUGACUGGCAAGGGACUGAGAGAGCGGAUGGGACACACGUUCUGCAUGGCUCGAGCCGGCGCCUGAGCGCCAGCAGCUGCCGAGGAGCCCCGGGGCGCACCGCCGCCGCCGCUGCCUCUGCCGGCGGGCUCCAUGGCCAGCACGGCCGUCCAGCUCCUGGGCUUCCUGCUCAGCUUCCUGGGCCUGGCGGGCACGCUGAUCACCACCAUCCUGCCGCACUGGCGCAGGACGGCGCACGUGGGCACCAGCAUCCUGACGGCCGUGUCCUACCUGAAGGGGCUCUGGAUGGAGUGCGUGUGGCACAGCACGGGCAUCUACCAGUGCCAGCUGUACCGCUCGCUGCUGGCGCUGCCCCGCGACCUGCAGGCCGCCCGCGCGCUCAUGGUCGUCUCCUGCCUGCUCUCGGGCCUGGCGUGCGCCUGCGCCGUCGUGGGCAUGAAGUGCACGCAGUGCGCCAAGGGCACGCCCGCCAAGACCACCUUCGCCACCCUCGGGGGCGUCCUCUUCAUCCUGGCCGGCCUCCUGUGCAUGGUGGCCGUCUCCUGGACCACCAACGACGUGGUGCAGAACUUCUACAACCCGCUGCUGCCCAGCAGCAUGAAGUUUGAGCUCGGGCAGGCCCUGUACCUCGGCUUCAUCUCCUCGUCCCUGUCGCUGAUCGGAGGCACGUUGCUGUGCCUGUCCUGCCAGGAGGGGGCGCCCUCCCGGCCCCCCCAGGCCCAGCCCCGGGCCACCGCGGCCACCGCGCCCUCCUACCGGCCGCCGGCCGCCUACAAGGACAACCGGGCCCCCUCGGUGACCUCGGCCUCGCUCAGCGGGUACAGGCUGAACGACUACGUGUGAGGCCCCCGAGGGGCUGCGCAGCCCCCCGAAAAGCGCCUGCACCCUGGACUGUUAAGUGACCCAGGGGUUCCCGCGCGAAGUUUACUUCCGGGCUAUUUUUGAAUCCAAGGAAAUAAUAUGAACAGGAGACAUGUGCUUAGAAAACAGGGAAGGAGAGGGAUAUGAGAAGAGAGGAGGAGAAAGCUUUACAUACCAAAGACUGAAAAACAAAAACAAAAAACGGAAAAAAAAAAAACAACCCACCUUUCUGUUUUUGUAUUUAUUGUAUGUAUUUGUGUGGGUGAUUUAAUAACAGCUUGGGAGAUUGGUCAGUGGAGGGGGCGGGGUAUUUGCAUUUCAGGAAUAAACGCUUCGGACAUGGCUGAUGACAGGGGUGGUGUGCAUUUCUCUUUCCAGACUCCACUCUGUCUGCUCAGCUGCUGCUGAUCUCAGCCAGCGCCCGGCUGGGCUCAGAGGUUGCAAAGCGGGGACAUGCACUGCGGAGUCCCACGCUCAGGGCCGUCUCGGAGGCACGUGGGAACAUGGGGCAGGGGGAUGCUCGAGCAGCAGUCCCGGCAUCUUGGCUUGAACUCAGAGGGUAAAGGGCUUCCUUGGAACACAGGUAGCUGAUAUGAAUUGCAAAAUAAGAGCAGUGUGAUUUCUACCAGCAAGCAAUAGGCCCCCACCGGUAAGGAAACCAAAGGAAGAAGGAAAAAAGACAAAGUAAAAA